CAGGCUGGGCUCGCCCGCAUGCGUACAGAGCGCUUUCUCUCGCGAAGAGGAAGACACCAGCAGGAUCAGCAAAGGACAGAGCAGGUGUAAGGGGCGCCCAGCAGCCCCGUCCACUUCCUGGCCCCAGGAUGGCUUUCCCCGCAGCCAGACACGCGUAGCCAUCAGAGAUGGCACCAGGCAUGUGGUUCUUCUUCGUGAUUGCCGGAUGGCUGGUGGCAGCCCUCUCAGGUCACCCAUCUCCAGCCCCGUCCGGCCAGCGCAAUACCAGCAGGGCAGAGAGCCGGCCCACGGAGCCAGGGGAGUGGCCCAGGGUCCGCCUGGUGAAUGGGAGCAGCCGCUGCAGCGGGACCGUGGAGGUUCAGCUAGGACAGACCUGGGAGCCCUUGUGCUGGAAGUUCUGGGACUUUGUCGCCGAGGAGGCCGUGUGCCACGUGCUGGGCUGUGGAGGGGCAGAACGGGAACCGGUUUCGCCAGCUCUGCCGUCGUCGGAACUGCCACCGGACUGGGCCACGGGGAACGCCAGCGGGCCCCCAAACACCACUCAGGCCCUGGUACCUGCAGUCCGGUGCAGAAGUGCUGACUGGCAGUCCUGCCAGGUGGUGGAGGAGGAGUGCAUCAGCGGGAGGCCAGCCCAGGUCACCUGUAAAGAGAAUCGAGCACUGCGGUUGGUGGAGGGUGGCAGCCCCUGCGCUGGCCGCGUGGAGAUGCUGGAGCACGGCCAGUGGGGCUCUCUGUGCGACGACUCGUGGGACCUGAAGGAUGCCGACGUGGUGUGCAAGCAACUGAGCUGCGGCUGGGCCAUCCAGGCCCUGCCGGGCUUGCACUUUGCCCCUGGCCAAGGAGCCAUCCACCGGGACCAGGUGAACUGCUCGGGGGCCGAGAUCUACCUGUGGGACUGCCCAGGGCUGCCUGGAGAUGGCUAUUGCGGCCACAAGGAGGACGCUGGCGUGGUGUGCUCAGAGCACCAGUCCUGGCGCCUGACUGGAGGCAUUGACCGCUGUGAGGGGCAGGUGGAGGUACACUUCCGUGGGGUCUGGAGCACAGUGUGUGACAGUGAGUGGUACUCAUCUGAGGCCCACGUGCUCUGCCGUGCCUUGGGCUGCGGGACGGUGGCCGAACGACCCCAGGGGCUGCCCCACUCCCUGUCGGGCAGGAUGUACUACUCCUGCACAGGAAAAGAGAGCACCCUCUCCGACUGUUCCUGGAGAUUCAACAACUCCAACGUCUGCGUGCAGUCAAGGGCAGCCAGGGUCCUCUGCUCAGGUUCCCAGAAGUUGCUCAAUCUGUCCACACCUGAAGUUCCCACGAGUACGCAGCCUGUCACCGUCGAACCUUCUGUGACAGUGAAAAUGGAGGACUGGAAGUCUCGGGAGCUGAUCCUUUUUAUUGCCUCUAUUAUUCUGGGAAUUCUCUUUCUUGGUUCACUCAUCAUCAUCGCCAUCAUCCUCUUGAAAGUUAAGGGGAAAUAUGCCCUCCCUGCUGUGGUGAACCACCAACACCUACCUACCAUCACCCCAGCAGGGGUCAAUAGCUAUCAAGAUGUCCCCAUCACCAUCCCCAAAGAAGAAGUUCCCAAGCUGCCCGUCCAGGCCCAGGCCCCGACCCCCGCAGACCCGGACUCCAGCUCGGACUCUGACUACGAGCACUAUGACUUCAGCGCCCAGCCUCCCGUGGCCCUGACCACCUUCUACAAUUCCCAGCGACACCGAGUUACAGACGAGGAGGUCCAGAAGAACAGGUUCCGGAUGCCCGCCUUGGAGGAAGAUCCCCCCUCCCUGCGCCCUCAGCAGCACGUGAGGAGUGACAGCGGCUCCAGCACGUCAUCGGGGGAGGGCUACUGUAAUAGCCCCAGCAGCAGGCUACCGCCCUGGAACCCUCAGGGCUUCUCUUCAGAGAAGAGCCCCCUCCGGGAGCAGCCCCCAAGCUUGGAGCUGGCUGGCUCCCACGGGACUUUUUCAGGGCCCUCGGCUGGUGACAGCUCCAGCACCUCGUCCGGGGAGUGGUACCAGAACUGCCGGCUGCCGCCCCAGCCCGUUCCAGCGGAGCAGUUUGGGUGUCCAGGAUCCUCCUGUCCCCAGCCUGAUUCUACUGAUGAUGAUGACUACGAUGACAUCGGAGCAGGUUAGGCAGGGCCCAGCGAAGCUCCAGGUGGCUCCCUUCCACUGGACGCAGGCUCUACCUACUCCCCUGCCCCGCCCCACCCUCCCGGACUGUGCCCCAGGGUGCUGAGAGGCCUCCCCUGGAGAGAUGAAAGGAAGCUCCACACCCUGCACCUCUCAGUCUCCAUCCAUCAGGCUGAACCUGCUGGCACCGCCCUCUGCCAGCGCCAAACAGCAGCCCCAAGGUGGAGGCGCCGUGUCUGAAAGGUGGCGAGCUCCGUCUCAGGGAUGGACAAGCAGUCUGGGCCGCCUCUCAGCUAGCGGCACAAAGGGGUUGAACCGGAUGAUUGCUGAAGCCCCUUCUGACCCGCGGGUGUCUGGUGCUUUGGUGCCCUGGGUCUCAGACAGCUCCGGGCCCAGAAUUAAUGAGAGGAGCAGAAACGGCCAGUCCCAGUGCUGCCCAGGAGGCGCCGCGAGCAGGGGCUGCUGGGCUGCUGCUGCCCCGACAGGUAGCCUCUGCAGUUGGGGCCAGCACACCAGCAGAUCUAGGCUUCCAUCUGAGCAGGGAACCUAGCCUUCCUGGGCACAGCCAGCUGACAGUGAGCAGGACAACUGUCCGCCAUCCCCCACUGCCAAGGGACUAGGGCCUGAGGCCGGCCCUGCCUCUGGAGGCCCUUGGAGCCCACCAGGGUUACCACCUGGUUCUGCAGUGACUGUCCCUGGAUGCCGAAUGCUUAUUCUGAGCUUCCAACAGUUUAAGAAGAUGAUCCCAGCACAGACCCUGAACUGGGUCCAAGUCCCUAGAGGGGCGGAGGCUCAGAGAUGUCUGCGGGAGGGGUCCAGAGGCUCGCCAAGCCCCUAGUCCCUGUCUGAUUGCAUGGCUUCGUGGGAGACUCCGGGAGAAGCCUGUGAAUAGGCAAGAUAAGCCCAGAGCCACAUGACCCAUCAGCCUCCCCAGAGAGGCCGGGGAGGGGAGGGGCACGUGGGGGAG